CAACCGGCGCGUCCCCGCCCGCCCGCCGUCAGCUGCUGGGCCGCCCGCCGGACAGGCCGCGCGAACAUGGCGGCCGAGAUCCACUCCAGGCCGCAGAGCAGCCGCCCGGUGCUGCUGAGCAAGAUCGAGGGCCACCAGGACGCCGUCACGGCCGCGCUGCUCAUCCCCAAAGAGGACGGCGUCAUUACCGCCAGCGAGGACAGAACCAUCCGAGUAUGGCUGAAAAGAGACAGCGGUCAGUACUGGCCCAGCAUUUACCACACAAUGGCCUCCCCUUGCUCCACCAUGGCUUACCAUCACGACAGCAGACGCAUAUUUGUAGGCCAGGAUAACGGAGCCAUGAUGGAAUUUCAUGUUUCUGAAGAUUUUAACAAGAUGAACUUUAUCAAGACCUACCCAGCUCAUCAGAACCGGGUGACUGCGAUCAUCUUCAGCUUGGCCACGGAGUGGGUGAUCAGCACCGGCCACGACAAGUGUGUCAGCUGGAUGUGCACCCGCAGCGGGAACAUGCUGGGCCAGCAUUUCUUCACUUCCUGGGCGUCGUGCCUACAGUAUGAUCAUGACACUCAGUAUGCUUUUGUUGGCGACUAUUCCGGGCAAAUCACCCUGCUGAAGCUGGAGCGGAACUCCUGUUCAGUUAUUACAACACUCAAGGGACAUGAAGGUAGCAUCGCCUGCCUGUGGUGGGACCCCAUUCAGCGGUUACUCUUCUCAGGAGCAUCUGACAACAGCAUCAUCAUGUGGGACAUCGGAGGCAGGAAAGGCCGGACGCUCUUGCUUCAGGGUCAUCAUGACAGGGUCCAGUCGCUGUGCUACCUGCAGCUCACGAGGCAGCUGGUCUCCUGCUCCUCAGAUGGUGGGAUUGCGGUCUGGAACAUGGACGUUAGCAGAGAAGAGGCUCCUCAGUGGCUGGAGAGCGACUCUUGUCAGAAAUGUGAGCAGCCCUUUUUCUGGAACAUAAAGCAGAUGUGGGACACAAAGACGUUGGGAAUGCGACAGCAUCACUGCAGGAAAUGCGGGCAGGCUGUCUGUGGGAAGUGCAGCAGUAAGCGGUCCAGCUACCCUGUCAUGGGCUUCGAGUUCCAGGUCCGCGUCUGUGAUUCCUGCUAUGACUCCAUCAAAGACGAAGAUCGGACUUCUCUAGCAACCUUUCAUGAAGGAAAACAUAACAUUUCCCAUAUGUCUAUGGACGUUGCUAGGGGACUAAUGGUGACCUGUGGGACCGAUCGCGUGGUGAAGAUAUGGGACAUGACACCUGUGGUGGGCUGCAGCCUGGCAACUGGAUUUUCUCCGCAUUGAUCCGGGAACUGGGCAUGUCUACACCCUAGGAGCAGCGACGUGUGCCAAGAGAAGCUUCCCAUGUGGCCCCGCGGUCCCUGUCAUGUGAAUGGACACUAGCCACUUAAAACAGUCCACACUUAAAAAAAACUGUAAAGGUGUGUCUUUGGGGACACCUGUGGAACCUCCCCAUGGGGACUGUGACGGGAACAGUCCUGCAGUGGUUCCCCAUGGAAUGGGAUCUCUUCAAGGAGGCUUCCUCCUGAGCAGGGAGCUGAUACAUAGUCAGAGAAUCCCCUAAUCAAUGAGGGUGUUAGAGGGGGAUGCGCUGAACAGAAACUUUAAUAUUUGGGACUUCCUUAAAGCAGUGCCGAGUGCGAACUCACUGGCGCUCAGACCAGCAGGCCCUCCUGGCUCCCCCCGGCUCUCGUCCGGGCAGGAACGGCCCGCAGGAGGACUGAACCUCACUUUCCUGGGGGGUGACAGUAGGAACUUAACAAACCAGAGAUUCCUCCCGAUACGCUGGCUGCGAAAGAAUAUUCUCUACACUUAGUUAACCACAAACUUCUCAAAGCUACCUGCUUUCUCCGAGUAGUGCCAUCAUCUCCACCUGGCAAUUGUUUGCUUUACUUGUUCCGUUCCCAGCCAGUGUGCCAUGGGCAAACCAUUCCAGUUGUAAGUUGUGGAAUUUCUAGAAUACUGGCAGCCCAUAUUCUUUCCUUUCCCCCAAAUGUGCUUUGAGGGCAAAUAUUUUCUAUGGUGCUGUUUUCCCCUGAGUCACAUGAAUCGCCUGACUUUUUCUCACUGCAGUUGGAAAGGACUGAUGGCAAAUACAGCUGAGGGGAAAUGACCAGUCUGUUUCAUGAACUUGUCCAGCACUCCUGACACCUGUGUCUGGCCCCACGUGAGCAGCCACUCCAAAGCUUUUAAGCAAUGUUGACAUUCGUGGUAACUAGCAUUAUUUGUGUCUGGUGGAAGGAAAUUGGUGACCCAGACUCUGCAGCCGUCAGUCACAUUGUGCAGAGUUGCUGCUAAAUCAUUGCUUUCUUAGCAACUGGCCUAAGUUGUCCAAAAUGGCAUUCUUUGAAGCCUUUUGCCACAGAGCACCAAGAUGAAGAACUGGGCAAUGGCGAGCCUAUUUUUUUAAUAUCAAAUAUUUAUGUAUGUGUGUGGGAUUUUUUUAAAAAAUAAUAGUAAAUGUAUCAUUAAUUUAGGGCUAUGGAAGUGAGUGAAGAAGAGCCUGCUUUUUAAAAUAACAAAAGUGUGUAUAUCAACAGUAUUUUUGUUAGUCUUACUUAUGGGUAUUGGUUAAAAAAAAAAUCAACCCUACUACUCCAGUGGAUUGGGAUCACACCAAGACAGCAUGACUAGUUUGUGAGAUGAAACCAGGGGACUAGAUCUGUUUUAUAUAACAGUUCCUUAAAGGGACUGAAAAGCUUAUGAAAAACACAGUAAGAUGUCUUAAGGGAUAUGGGGCAUGGAUGAUUUGAAAAGAGAAAGCAGCCAGGCACAUCAUGUUCUGGAUCGAUCAACAUUAAAAGUUGGUUUAUCUUCAAAAAAAUAACACUGAAAGCUUUUGCUGUUCCUUCUAAUUUUUGUGUCAUAUCACUUGAAAAAGCGGUCUCCUUUAAAAACUUUAACUUGGUCCUUCCUAAAAUGUAAAUUACUGACAGACUUUGGAAGAGAAAUUGAGUGAUGCAAAGUCACUUUUACACCCGAAGGCCAAACGUGAAGCCUCAUAAAUGAACUUUGGUUUGAUCUGUGGGUCAGCCCAUACGAAGGUGCUAUCCUGGGCAUUUUUGUUGAGCCCUGAAAGGAAAGUUGAAUGUAACUGAUUCCUUGCCCUGUGGAAGAGUGCUAAACUGUAUUUUUGUUUUCCUUGAACUUGUAUGUCUGAGGUAGAAUGAACAGAGAGCUGCUGAGAACAUGCCCCAGCUGUCUGGCCCUGUUCCUUUUAAAAAGGUCUUGGUGACAAAACCCUAGGUUUCAUAGAGAACAUAAAAUUGUAGUAGGGCCUCCUAAGGGACGAAGUUAUUACACAACAAGAAGGAAAUAUGCAUGUUAGGGAAAAAUUGGAGUAGCUUAGAAAGGAAAGAAAAUGCUUGAAUGUGAUCUGCUUUCCACAAGCCUGUGCCAGGCUUGUCUCGUCUCUGAUACGCACUAGGUAUGGAAGUGGGAAAAGUUGUUCCCUCAGUUUUUCUGACUAGGCACACAUAAAGGUACAGAUGCGCUUCUGGUUAGAGCCUCGUUUGGACUGUGAUUCUCAUCACAGUGUCAUUUAUAACAGUGGUUCAAGUAACUAUUGACGUUUCUGUUCCUGAAUACUCAAUUUGUACAAAGAGGAAUCGACAAGUCCAUACUAGCAGAGAAGAUCCUUGUAUUUCGAUCUAGUGUAUAUGUGAUUAAGAAAUACCUUUUAAAAAAAUAGAGAAAUGCUUUUAGAAUUGCCCUUUCUUAGUGCAGGUGAGAGCAGUACCCCUACACAUUACUCAUUACUUGGUAAAUCUCGAGAGACGGACACCCCAUCUCUGACCUGCUAUCUGGAGGACAUAAACAAAAAUACUGCUUUAUGUCAUCUGACUUGGUUUUUCCCAUAAGGAAUUCAUUGCAUCGGUACCUCCAUGUUUUUUAAAUCAUUAAAACGGGCCCAAAUAUAUACCACAAUAGCUCAGUCCCAAGGAGAUAUUUUCUAAAAUCAUUCUUCCUUAAAGUACUUUCUACUCCCAUAACUGGAUCUGGUAUCAUAAAAUCCAAGAAGCCAGUUACCAUUAAUGAUUAGACUAUCUGCUCAUUGUAAAUGUAAGGUUUAACAAAUAAGUAAUACAUUCUAUAUUUUUCAAGUAUCUAUUGCUUAAUUGUUAAUUGUGAGCAGAUUGUUGAAUGCCUACUCUAUUUUCUGUAGUUUCCUAUAUAAUAACUCUUUGUGUAAGCUGAAGUUUAAUUGUGCAGCAAAUUUAUAUUUAGAGUACAACCAAGUGUUUUUCUCAGCACCCUUUUUUGACAUGGUAAGCAAAAAGUAAUGUUAUUCGUAACACUUGUUCUUUGACUAGCGAUGUUUCUCGUGUGUCCGAGAGAGGCUAGGAGACGUCCUUUCCUCCCAUUUCUGUGUUCCAUUUUUGUGCUUUUGAGGGAAUAUGCAUACAAUAAAAUAUUCCUUGCUUGUUA